AACUCCUAUGUCAUGAUGCGAGGAACUUGGCGAGUCACGUUAACGGUGAUGGCUGCGCAUCGUUGGUAUAAAUAGAGCAUCACCGCUGCACGAGAGGGACAUCAAACUGGAUAAAUCAGCUGACGCACAUCGUGCUGACCCGCGGACUCACACGCGUGUGAUGCGAUAUUAAGUUGCGUCGUCUUUUCACCAUAUUUCCUAUUUAGAGAAGAAGAGUUUGCUCACUGCUGCUGGGUCUCACAGAAAUCUGCAACUUUAAAAGAAAAGGAGAAAAAAAGUCUUCAGCACUUGCUGAGUUGUGUUCCGCUCUGAAGAUGUGGUGGAUGCUGUUUCCACGGUGGAUCUGGUUCCUGGCGUGUGUGUCAGUGUGGAUGGAGCACCAGGUCGGAGUUUUGCCCCAUAUCACCUACUCACACCCGGGCAUCUGCCCCAAUGACAUGAACCCCAACCUGUGGGUGGAUGCCAUGAGCACCUGUACACGAGAGUGUGAAUCUGACCAGGAGUGUGAGUCCUUUGAGAAGUGUUGCCAAAAUGUGUGCGGGAAUCGGAGUUGUGUGGCAGCCCGUUACUUGGAUGGGACGAAAGGCCCCAUGGGAAUGCCCAAGGAAGCCACCUGCACCAGUUUCAUGUGCACCCAGCAGGGCUCUGAGUGUGACAUCUGGGAUGGCCAGCCGGUGUGUAAGUGCCGGGACCGCUGCGAGAGAGAGCCACACUUCACCUGCGCGUCUGACGGCAUGACCUACUACAACAAGUGCUACAUGGAUGCGGAGGCGUGCUCCAAGGGCAUCACCCUGGCUGUUGUCACCUGCCGCUUCCACCUCACCUGGCCCAACACCAGCCCCUCGCUGCCCCAGGCCACCACUCUUCGCCCUACCACUGCUCCUCUUCAGGCGACCAUCCCACCUCCCACCGAGCCUCAGACGCCCGUCAUGGUCAGCAGCCCUGCUCAGCAGACUGUAAAUAUGGGUGACACAGCCAGCUUCCUGUGUGAUGUAAUAGGUCGCCCCCGGCCUGAGGUCACCUGGGAGAAGCAGCAGCCGGAGGGGGUGGAGAGGGUGGCCAUGAAGCCUAAUCAUGUGCGAGGGAAUAUGGUGGUCACUAACAUCGGUCAGCUGGUCAUCUACAACGCCCAGCCGCAUGAUUCAGGUGUCUACACCUGCACUGCUCAGAACCCAUCUGGCUCAGUGAAAGCUAACCACCCACUUACUGUGCUGCCCGCAGAGCCGCCCAAGACCCCCGAGCCCAAGAAUGUGACCCGCUGCCUGCCUGAAGAGUGUCUGAAACCCCCAGAUAACCCAGAGGACUGUGGGAGUGAGAUGGAGAAAGUCAGCUGGUACUACGAGCCCAAAACCAACAACUGCUUCUCCUUCACCCACUGUAACAUCAACAACAACAGCCCGCAGCCCAGGAAGGUGUUCGAGACCUACGAGGAGUGUAUGCAGUGCUGCGGCCCUGAGCUCUCCGGCCCCUGCGGGCUCCCCAGCCUGCAGGGCCCCUGUAAGGCCUACGAGCCACGCUGGGCCUACAGCAGCACCCUGCGGCAGUGCCAGUCCUUCAUCUACGGAGGCUGUGACGGCAACGACAACAACUUUGAAUCCAAAGAAGCCUGCGAGGAGAUGUGCCCCUACCCCAAAAACCACCACUGCAAGGCCUGCAAGCCGAGAGGCAAGAUGGUGACCAGCUUCUGCCGGAGUGACUUUGUCAUCUUGGGCCGCAUGACGGAGCUCACAGAGGAGAAGGACUCGGGCCACGCUCUUGUGACUGUGGAAGAGAUCCUAAAGGACGAGAAGAUGGGGCUGCGCUUCUUUGGCAAGGAGCCUCUGGAGGUCACCUUCCUCAACAUGGACUGGAACUGCCCCUGCCCAAACAUCACGGGCGCCGCUGCUGAGGGACAGGUCAUCAUCAUGGGCAACGUGAAUGACGGCAUGGCCGUCCUUCAGCCAGAGAGCUACGUGGGUUCUUCCAGCCCUCGCCGUGUACGGAAGCUGAGAGAGGUCAUCUCUAAAAACACAUGUGACAUUCUCAAAGCGAUCACCAACAGCCCUCAGUAGCCUUAAUGUGGACAAAAAGUUUAGACUCAACUGCAACAAGCUGUUCUCCUCUGAACAUUAACUGCAGUCAUGUUUUGAAAUUUAGGACCUUUCUUACAUUUACUAGUUUCUUUCUGUUGUUGAAAGUUUGCAGGAGUCAUUGGUGUUGUUGAUUGAAAUACCAUGUUUGUGAACACAAGAGACAUCCAUCAUGAUCCUCGUGUUGCCUUAAUCCCCCAGACUCCGACUUCCCUCAUGCCCUCUCUCGCCUCCAGCAGAAAUGGAGGUUGCAGACUUGCAUUGAAGCACAAAACAGACACGAUUGAGUUUGACUCUCAUGUACAUACUUUAGAAAGUGUCGCGAUCUUUAAAUGCUUUUAUUUGCCAGCUGUAUUCUCACCUGGCGCUUGAUAUCAUACAUUUACUUCAGUUUUUUUAUGUUGUAUAAAAACAUCCAGAUACCUGUGCUUGUUAUUGCACAUACAGUAGGUAGAUUUGGUUCAUCCAGAUGAAUGAGUUGUAAUAUAUUUUAUUAACCACCACAUUUUCUCACAGUC